AUGAUGGGCCGCCCGGUGCUCGUGCUUAGUCAGAAUAUGAAGAGGGAGUCGGGCAGGAAGGUCCAAGCCGGGAACAUCAACGCGGCCAAGACCAUCGCCGACAUCAUCCGCACCUGCCUGGGGCCCCGAGCCAUGAUGAAGAUGUUGCUGGACCCGAUGGGCGGGAUUGUGAUGACCAACGACGGGAACGCCAUCCUCCGAGAGAUCCAGGUGCAGCACCCCGCCGCCAAAUCCAUGAUCGAGAUCAGCCGCACCCAGGAUGACGAGGAGGUGGGAGACGGCACCACAUCUGUCAUCAUUCUGGCUGGAGAGAUGUUGGCCGUCGCUGAGCAGUUCCUGGAGCAGCAGAUGCACCCGACUGUGGUGAUCAGCGCCUACCGCAAGGCCCUGGAUGACAUGAUCAGCACUCUGAAGGAGUUCAGCACCCCUGUGGACACGAGCGACCGAGAGCUGAUGCUGAAGAUCAUCAACAGCGCCAUAAACACCAAGGCCAUCAAACGCUGGGCGGACAUGGCCUGCAACAUCGCUCUGGAUGCCGUCAAGACCGUAGAGCUGGAGGAGAACGGGCGCAAGGAGAUCGACAUCAAGAAGUACGCCAAGGUGGAGAAGAUUCCCCGGCGGCAUCAUCGAAGAGUCCCAGGUUCUGCGCGGUGUCAUGGUGAACAAAGACGUCACACACACCCCAAGAUGAAGCGGCUGAUCAAGAACCCGCGGAUCGUCCUCCUGGACUGUUCCCUGGAGUAUAAGAAGGGAGAGAGCCAGACGGAGAUCGAGAUCACCCGGGGAGGAGGACUUCGCCCGAAUCCUGCAGCUGGAGGAGGAGUACAUCCAGCAGAUCUGCGAAGAUAUCAUCAGACUGAAGCCGGAUGUGGUCAUCACAGAGAAGGGGAUCUCUGAUCUCGCUCAGCAUUAUCUGGUCAAAGCAAACGUCACCGCCAUCCGCAGAGUCCGCAAGACGGACAACAACAGGAUAGCCAGAGCCUGCGGAGCUCGCAUCGCCAGCCGCACAGACGAGCUGCGGGAAGAGGACGUGGGGACGGGCGCCGGACUUUUCGAGAUCAAAAAGAUCGGCGACGAGUACUUCACCUUCAUCACAGAAUGCAAAGACCCCAAGGCCUGCACCAUCGUCCUGCGCGGGGCCAGCAAGGAGAUCCUGGCUGAGGUGGAGCGGAACCUCCAGGACGCCAUGCAGGUCUGCCGUAACGUAAUGAUCGACCCGUACCUGGUCCCGGGAGGAGGAGCGGCGGAGAUGGCUGUGGCACACGUCCUCACCGAGAAGUCCAAGGCCAUGACUGGGGUGGAGCAGUGGCCGUACCGCGCCGUGGCCCAGGCCCUCGAGGUCAUUCCAAGGACGCUGAUCCAGAACUGCGGAGCCAGCACCAUCCGGGUGCUGACCUCUCUGAGGGCGAAGCACACCCAGGAGGGCUGCUCAGACGUGGGGUGUGGAUGGGGAGAACGGCGUCCUCGCCGACAUGAAGGAUCUGGGAAUCUGGGAGCCGCUGGCGGUGAAACUGCAGACUUACAAAACGGCAGUAGAGACCGCCAUCUUACUUCUCCGCAUCGACGACAUCGUAUCCGGCCACAAGAAGAAGGGUGAAGAUCACGGCAAGGCAGCGCCGGGCCCAGCAAAUCCCCAGGAAUGA